AUGGCCAGCUACAGAGAUGUGAGGAAAACCAAGACAAACUUUUCAGAAAGUUUUGGGUGUGAAAAAUCAUCUAGCCACAAUGCAUCCAAUUUUAAUCUUGAUAAAAUUCACAAUGGACUAAUACCCUGUGUUGAUAAUCAGUGUAGAAACAUUUUCAGCAAUAAACAAUCCAUUAUUCAGUAUCAGAGUAUUGAAACGAGGGAGAAAACCUGUGUAUGUAUUACAUGUGGAAAAGCCUUUGCUAAGAAGUCACAGCUCAUUGUACAUCAAAGAAUUCACACUGGAAAGAAACCAUAUGAUUGUGGUGCAUGUGGAAAAGCGUUCAGUGAGAAGUUUCAUCUCAUUGUACAUCAGAGAACUCAUACUGGGGAGAAACCUUACGAGUGUUCCGAAUGUGGAAAAGCCUUCUCUCAGAAAUCGUCCCUCAUUAUACAUCAGAGAGUUCACACUGGUGAAAAACCGUAUGAAUGUAAUGAAUGUGGGAAAGCCUUCUCCCAGAAAUCACCCCUCAUCAUACAUCAGAGAAUUCACACGGGAGAGAAACCUUAUGCGUGUCGAGAGUGUGGAAAGGCCUUCUCCCAGAAGUCACAGCUUAUUAUACAUCAUAGAGCUCACACUGGAGAGAAGCCAUAUGAAUGUACUGAAUGUGGGAAAGCCUUCUGUGAGAAGUCCCACCUCAUUAUACAUAAAAGGAUUCACACUGGUGAGAAACCCUACAAAUGUGCUCAAUGUGAGGAAGCCUUCAGCAGAAAGACAGAACUCAUUACACAUCAGUUAAUUCAUACUGGGGAGAAGCCCUAUGAAUGUACUGAAUGUGGGAAAACAUUCUCCCGGAAGUCCCAGCUCAUCAUUCAUCAGAGAACGCAUACUGGAGAGAAACCCUAUACAUGUAGCGAAUGUGGUAAAGCCUUCUGCCAGAAAUCACAUCUCAUUGGACAUCAGAGAAUUCACACAGGAGAAAAACCUUAUGUGUGUACUGAAUGUGGGAAAGCCUUCUCACAGAAGUCCCACCUCCCAGGGCAUCAGAAUUCAUACAGGAGAAAAACCUUAUGUAUGUGCUGAAUGUGGAAAGGCCUUUUCCCAGAAGUCAGACCUUGUUUUACAUCAGAGAAUUCAUACUGGGGAAAGGCCUUAUCAAUGUACUAUAUGUGGGAAAGCCUUCAUUCAGAAAUCCCAACUCACUGUACACCAGAAAAUUCA